CGGCACUGCUGCCCCCCUGCAGCUCUGCCCUGUUUACACGUAGCAUGGCUUUUCCUGUUUAUUAUUUCCCCUGUUCAAACAAUGCGUCUUCUAAAGAAUAAAAAAAAUGCCCCCCCGAUCCAAUGAUAUCUUAGCUCCUACAGCUGGUUUAAUGAAAAGGUACUGUGAGUUGGUCUGGAUUGGUUAUCCACUUGAAGGAGGACUUAAAAUCGGAGGAAACGUUUCCGGAAUGUCUAUUUCUGAAUUGCUAUUUCUGAUAAGGGGUGUUUUGUAAAUGCUGUGAUGUCAGGGUUGUCAUGGCAUUAACUCUAGAGGUUCAAAUGCAUGAGGUCCGCAACGACUGCCACUUUUAACUCUAAAACUCCCAGGUUUAGCCUGCUUGUGGCUGAUGGAUAUUCUGCGACUGUGCUAUUGUGUGGGAAUAUUUGUUUUGAGGUGUCUCUGUCUGUGUGUUUUUAUUAAAGCCUUCGUAAGGCUCUGAGGACAAUCAGCAGCUGUGUAUGUGGACAAGGCGGGAGAAAGCAACACCAUGGUAUAACAGAGACUCUUUGUACCCAGAGAAGGCUAUUUGAGAACAGUAGGUUUUAUAAAGCAUCACAAUCUCCCCCCCCCCCCCCCCCCGCCGCCGCAGCAGCCAAAGACUUUCUGUCUGCAAUUUCCCUUGUCAGUGCUACCAAUCAAAGGUUCAUCAGAGCGUCGCAUCACCAGUCUGUUACUAAAGGGUGGAGUUACUAAGGUCACUACAAUAAAUAUUCCAAAAGCUAUCGAUCCUUUCACUGUUGAGUGCAUCUGGCACGAAGAUGGAAGACUCCUUCAAAGCACCAUCGACUCUGUCUACAUGACUCUCUUACACUGUGGAAAAAAACUGUCAAGCAUACUGAUGUUCCACAAGGACGAGAAUUGGACAUGCAGCUCGCCAUGUUGCAACAUUUCUGUGCCUGUGCUUUGAAUUAUUUGGACAAAAGUCCUGCUUCUUGCAGAUUUUCUGUCUAUUUUUUCUUUUCGCAGCUGUUUAAAUACCAAGUGUGGCUUUUGUUAUAUUUUCCUUUUGUUACAUGUCAUUUCUGAUUACAGUUGGCUCAUGAGUACUUCAGCAUAAAUGAUUUUUCAUCUAAUGAUCAGUGCUUUACUUAAUCUCUAGUGAGGUGCUUUGGCAUCAUACUAGAAUAUUUUAGAAUCGUAUUAUUAAAGUCUGGUCUCAACAGAAAGAGGCAACACCCAAUUUGAGAUGACACAUGGAAGGUGAAUUUCAUCCAGUUGGUGCUAGAAGCUUUGUGAUGUAGUGAAUACUCAUGAGGCUAGCUAGCAAACUACUGUAGCUGUUUAGCUAACGGCUAACCCAAUAGCUAGCCAGGUACAUUCUGUCACAAAAGCUAUCUUAGCUAGCCGCUUUGCUAACUGUCAGUAGCAAGCAAGGUUGCUUAGUCAUUAACAGGAUAAUACUCAGAGUUCAGUUUAUUUAAGAAUCAUGUUUUAUUUAAGAAACAUUUUUGUACCAACCUCUCCUGUCUCAUUACUGCACACCAUUGAUGUUUAAAGAGUAGUUUUCAUCCCAGAAGAGCAGGGUUGUAUGAAAGUCAAAUUCUGUCAAACUUUAUCUUUUUAAAAUGUUUGCAGACUAAAUGUUUCAGGUCAAUUUCAACUUGGGUCUUGGUAAAACCAAAACCAAAUGUAUCCCAUAAUGGAUUAUCACUUAAAAACUGGUAUGAUCCUGGUAGAUCUCUUUAAGAAUUCACACAUUAAACUCAUCACUGAAUGUAUAUAAUCAAACUCUUUUACAACCUGGGAACACCCACUCUGAGGCACCUUUACGUGCUUGUGAACCUACAGACCUUUUAUAUCUAAAUGUUAUCAGGUCUUAGAGAACCCCUUUGGGGGUAGAGUCCUAGCUAUCCACAUUCAUUUGCUUCUUUUGUUUUUAAAAACAAAUUCUUCAGUAUUGCAGACAUCAGCCACCACAACCCAGGAGCUGAAUACAUGGACUAUUUAACUGGGUUUUUCUGUUGGGAGCAUUCAAAUUGAAGUUAGUGAAAUGACGAUGUAUGUAUGGCACUUUUGUUGUAAAUAUACUAUGGAAGUAAGCUUUCUAUCUGCCAUCAAUCUGGUUUCUGGUUGUUUAUUCCUGUCUGUUUAGUGACUAUAUCUACACACUAUGAAUCAGGUUUUUCAACAUUCACAUACCCACAUGUAUUUUUUGCAUAUUUCAAACAAUAUAUUUCUCCCAUGUAAGCUGCUCUGCAAUGGCUCCCUGGAAAAUGCAGAAUAUAAUUGAAACUCAACUAAAAAAAGCUCUCAAUGGUCAGACACCAUCUUAUUUAAAAAGAGCUCAUAGUACCCUAUUCCCCCACCACAACGACACUCUUCCAGAAAACAGGUUUCUUUGUCACCCUCUCUACACUUAGUAGUAGGCUUAAGACCAUUCCCAUUAACAAAGCUUAUAACUAGGGCUGGCUCAGGCCUCCUCCUCUCCCUCUCUAUCUGCAUCCAUUCAUCUCCAUCUGCAUGCAAACACAUCCCAAAAAUGCAUGUUACCAACUCGACAUCGGGGCAUCGUCCCUGGAGUUUUUCUGUCUCCUGCAGGUUUCCAUGUUUACUGAUUGCACCUGGAUCAUGAAAUGUUGAUGCGCGUGUUGCCGCGGUCAUGCUUGGCGCUUACGUUAUUAAUAUUUGUGACACCUAAAAGAUGUUUGACAUCCUCUUAGAUCGAUCUUUUCAUGUUCACAUUAAAAAAAAUUAUAAACUAUAUUUUGGUAGCUCUCUUUAAAACCCUUUUUAUAGCGUUAAUUUGUUUAACUGAAUCUGGAUUAUAGCCUACAUAAUCUGCAAAUAUUUUACACCAAUUCAACAAUAACAAUCAAAAAUCAGUUUCAAACAUGGAGAUAAAGAAACCUAGUUACCCACCUCGGUAUUUAAAUGUCUUCAAAGGAAUCUAAUCAGCAAUAUAGCCAACAUGUUAAGUGCAUUUUUCUCUGGGGGAGCAGCGGUAGGGGGAUUUGGACUCAAUACCUCAGUGUUUCUAAUAACAUAUAACCCUCUUUCUUCUCAGUACCAUGGGGCUUCCCUGGAACGUAAUCGUAUAUUGUUGACCGUUUGACAUCAUUGACAGGAACAUUCACUUCCCUGUUUCGCUCACAGCCUCGGAUAAUUGCAUUGGUAAUGGUAAGUGUGGCCUUUUGAUUCAUAAAUCCAACGCUCUCCUCUUUGUGCUCCAGUGAGUAAGGUGCAAACAUAUCAAUACAAACACAGAGGGGGGACAUAUUAGUGAUUACUCAUUGUUAUAUUGACUGUGCCUUCAUCACCCAGGACUAAUUCACAUUUGUCAAUAACAGCAUGCAGCUCCAACGUGUGUAAUUUUGACACGGGGGAGAUGACGUGUUUCUGGCAGGUGUUUUAAUGCAGAGGUAUUUACAAGGCUCUCAAUGGAAGGAGCUGAAUCGAUGGAUGGCUGCAUUCAUUCACUCUCCUCACCGCCCCCGUUUCAACAAAUUGGCCUGACCUAUGGCUGCAGGCAUCGUGAAGGAGCGUGGAGCAGGGAGGGUAUAAAUACUGGGAGAGGGGUCCCAGCCAGCAAGUAUCCUGAACCUUUGACUGCCUCCUCCUCUCUGCUGGACACAAGGCUGCAAACACCUCUGAUACCAUGAAGGGUUUGAGGACCAUCACUUUGACAUAUGUUGGCCUGCUCACCCUUAUACUGCUGGCGUCGUUUAUCUCACAGUCGUGGGGCGCACCAAAGGGCUCUUUCCAACGGAGAAACUGGACCCCGCAGGCUAUGCUGUACCUUAAGGGCACUCAGGGACGAAGAUUCAUCUCAGAGGAUCGUAAAGAAGGAGAUGUCUAUGACACAUUACACUUAGAGACCCGCAGUCAGAACACAGAGAAUCUGAGCGUGGACCAGGCCGCCACCGUCCUGCUCAACUUCCUGCAGCAGACCAGAGAGGGAGCUAAGGAGAAUCCAAAUGAGGUGUAUUUCCAGGAGCUGCCGGUGUGGAAGAGAGAAUACUUUUGAUCGUCUUUCAUACAUUUAAUUUCUUCAGUCCUGUGUAAAAUUCCAGUUGUUUUGUAUCUAUAAAUUAUCUGACAAUGUUUGAAAUGUGAUGUUUUAAUAAAAGGAGUUUGAA